UUAGUUCAUCAAUAAGCUGGUCAUUAAAUCCUCUCUGAGGACGUAUAUAAUUUUUAGAAUCGCUCAAAGUUCUUUGAGAUGGUAAUACCAAUACACCUGAGCUUUUUUUCAUUUAAUUCCAUUUAAUCAUAGACAGAAGGAGACCUUGCGUGUAAUCCGAAACAUUGGCAUGUAAAUUUGCAUUUACAUCACGGUCACAAUUUUUAUAAUCGACUUUAUAUUGAUCUUUUAAACUUUCACUCACAGUUACAGCAGCUUUCAAGAUCUCCUGUAACUUUAUAUUUUUCUGUUUCAAAGAUUUAUUUUCAAUUUCUUUGUUCACGGUGAUUUUAACGAUAUUGGCGCAUUAAUUUUCGCAGGUAUUUUUAAUAAUAAACAGAAGUUGCAGUUUUUAAACAGUAAGCACACUCAUCUCCCUCAGGAGCAUAUUUAGACUUCGGCCAAUUCGGCACUUGCCUAAGUACAAUUUGCCAAUGCGAAAAUCUUGUGUAUCUAAAACUACUGAUUUGUCUAAAAGCAACGCAUAAUUUUAUUAUAGGCGUUUAAUAACGUUCCUUUGCGCCCAGGGCUUAAGCUAUUAAUUUUAUCUCCACUCAAUAGUGCUCGCCGAGGGCUUGGCUCUCCGUUGAUUGUGCUUUGUCGAUUACAUCAUCCCAAAUCUUAUACAAGUGGGUUAGUGCUGAUGGUUCUCCAAUGUUUAACGUUGUGUUUAUUGUUGUUGGAACUCUUAAGGCUAAUGAAUCAUUUUCCUAAAAUCAUUCUAACCACAAGAUUACUUCCACUAAUUGAUAUGACGUAGGUUUAUGUCUAUUUUGUUUGCAUGGAAAUGCCUUAGUAAAAGUUUAAAACGACUGCAGUAAAGAGCUGAUAAACAAAUUUAAUCUAAAACAAAAAGAAAUUUGCAUUGGAAAAUGUAUUUAUUUUUGCUAGUUAUAUCAUUUAUUUGUAUAUUUUCGUGCUACUUCUUUGUCAGAUAUUUGUUUUUUUGUUUUUUUGUUUUACUAGCUUCUUGUUUGAUAUGUUUCUGUUUUGUUUUUUUUGAAAACAACUUUUACAUGAAUUUUGAUGCUUGUGUAUAAAAGACUCAGUGAGGUCAAUAAGAAAACAAUUUUAAUAAGUGAUUAAAACCUUCAUGAAGAAAAGACUUUAGCAGUAUUAAGAAAAAAGUAUUUGUCAAUUAUGUCGUUAAAAAGAAAAAGUUAUGUCUUGUUUUACGCUAAUUAACACAACACAAAUAGGUGUUCUCCUAAAGAAUGAAAGAAAACCUAUUUGUAUAGUAACUCUGUAUUUUAGUUUUAUAUAACAAACUUGUAACCGAUAUGGAUUUGUCACCAACCAUGAUCAGUGCUAUGUUGGAAUGCAAGAUCUGCUUAGAGACUUACCACAAGCCCAAACAACUUAAUUGUGGACAUACGUACUGUCAAGACUGUUUAGAUGGCAUUUUGAUAUUUAAAGAAAAUGGAAGUGCUGAACUGGUUUGUCCAUUGAGAUGUACAAAGAAGACUAUAAUAACAAAACUUGAGACAACAUCAUCUUUAGCGACGACUUUUUGUUUGACCGACAUUCUGGAUAAGAUGUCAGAUUGUGGAAAAGGUAUUAAGCUGUGCCAGGAGGCUGAAAAUUGCAAACAGCCUAUCUGUAAUUCCUGCAUAACAUGUAGUGCAAAGAUGUGUGAGAAAUGUCAAAGCUUGCAUUCAUGUGAAAACAAAUCUUAUGCUGUAGUAACAUUUGAUGAAAAGAUCCAAGAGGUCCAACCCUUUUGCAAAAAGCACAGUUCUCUAGCUAAAAAUGUCUGCAUCGAAUGUAAAGAGAAGUUCACUUGUGUUUUUUGUAUAAACAGAGAACACAAAAACCAUACAAAGAAAACAGUUGAAGAAAUGGGUUUGGAAAUAAAGAAGUGGUUCCAGUCCUUUGUGACAUCAUUUGAGGACACAAAGGUUUUGUUGGAAUCCUUAUCAGGAAAGUAUAAUGAAGCUUUGGUGAACCUUGAGAGUCAGAGAGAAUUGUUUGUUCAUGAAUUAGAAGUAAGAAAAUUAAAACGCAUGGAGGAGUAUCUGCAGCUGUUAAAGGCAGAGGAAAAGAAAUUGCUGAAGGACUUUGAUGAAAAAACAGAAGAAUUCAAAGCAAAAGUGAUUAGCGGUGGUUACUCAGAAAAUGCUAAAAUGAAAAAAUUUUCUAAUUACAUAGAGCUCCUUAACUCGAAGUCUCAUUUUGAACUAGUUGCCGAAAAGAAAGAAAUUAAAAAAAACAUUAGUGAUCUAUCUUCUUUACCUGAAACGUUUCCAAAUUUAAACUUACAUCUUGCACAUAUAAAUGAGAACGAAUUACUUAAAAAUCCAUUGGGUGAAUUGAAAAUUACUUUUUAUCCUGCUUACAUUGGAGACGUAAGUUCAUCUGAAUGGUCUGCAUGCAACAACACCAUUGGGGAAACUGAAGGAAAUUUUGACUAUCCACAACUAACAAAGGAUUUGAUGAACCUUGUAAAAAGUCUGAAAGGAUAUGAAAAGUCUCAAGGAAGUACGAGUCUUGUCAAUGCAGACACAGUGAAAAGAGAUGUUAAUUUAAAAAGUGCACAACCGGCAGUAGAGACUUGCAUAUUCAACGAAGUUGUGAAAAUCAUUCUCGAUGGUGAUGUCGAAAUGUUGAAAUCGAUUAUAUCCAGCGAUCCAAAUAUUGCAAAGAUGAGAGAUGAUGAUGGAGAAACGCUGCUAAUGAUAGCAACAAGGAAUACCAUCGAUGGUACAGGUUUUGAUUGAUGCUGGAAGUGAUGUACAUGCUGUUAAUAGAACUAACUUGAAUGCAUAUGAAAUUAGUGCAUUUCUAGAUUAUUCAGACGUUUUUUAAUAUGCUGACAGAACACGACAGCACGGGUUGCAAACACGUACGCGACAUCAGUCUUUUAAAGUUAAAGAUGGCAUUUUCUUAAGGUCAUACUAAAUGUUUUAAAUUAGCUGCUGUCUCAGGACUGUUGCAGAUUAUUUUUUGGAGGGGGGGGGAUGGCUGACCUUGAGAUUCUAACCUUCUAAGUUAAGUAAAAAGGCACCCUAUGCUGAAGUUUCUCACAUAUCAACCCCAGUCAACAGACUUUAUUAGGGAUUAGGGUACAGUCCUGUGUCUAUGCUACAUUUGACAUAUUGACAAAACUGUUUCACAUUAUCUUAACUAUAUUAAUGUAAGUUUAAAAUUGAUUUAAAUUCCGUCGGUGGUAGUUCUAAUGUUAUUAAAUGUUAAUGCUAAGAACAUUACAGAACGUGAGGUCGUUGAAUUGUUUUGGUUUCAUUCUAAAACUUAUUAUUUUGUAAUUCUUUGAAUAAAUUUUUGGCCCACAUGAAUACUGAUAAAGAUAAAAAAGAAUAAAAAAAAUCCCAAUCUUUUAACUAUGUAAAAUGGAAGAAAAUUUGAAUUGUUGUCAUACGUAUCUAAAAGGAAGAAAAAAAAGCAAAGUGGAAGACAGUGCUAUGUUGGCUGGAACUAUUACGUCAUGCAAAGUUACUGGAAUGUAAAAAACAAAACAAGCAUUGGAUAGGAAAGUGCCGUGUCUUUACACAAUAACGAAUUCAUAUUAUAUGACGACGAAAACAGAGGCAGGUUUUAUUGAAUUACAUUAAAAGAACAAAGUAAUAUAGAUGGAAUUUUUUGUACCCUUUGAUUCCCGAUUUGUGUUAUUGAUGUAAUUUUAUCGGGGCAGAGGUGCUUUUUAAUCGGAGUUAGUUUAGUUACAAAAAUGUUGAUACGACAUCAGCAAAAGCUUUGUAAAUGGUUUUUACCCUUUUAAAAAGAGUUUUCAAAGAAUAAAA